UAGUAGGCAUAAAUCUAAUGAUACAAAACCCCCCCCCACAAAAAAUAAUAAUAAUAAUUCCAGGUUGUUAGGCAACGACAUAGGAAAAAUGCCAAAGGGGUCAAUACUUUCGCAGGCUCCUGUAUGUCAAGUUAUAAAACUGUAUUUCAUUUAAACACUUUUGCUCAAUGCUAUAUUUACAGUCCUGUUUCAACCUGGGAUUUACUAAUACGUGUGGUACUAUGGAUGCUUCAACGGGUCAAAUAGUGGUGUUAGAUCCUAUUAAAAUGAAUUCUAGAUCAAUCCCAGGUUCAUUGACAACGGGACGCCAAUGUAGCCUAAAGCAUGAGCUGUUGGUUGCAUGUCCAGUUGUCUUAACAUUAACACUGGUUAAGUAAGCAUGUUGAUGUUGAGCUGCCGAACCCAGCACUGACACAGUCACUAACUCUAACCCGCUUCUCUUCUCUCACCAUGCUAACCAUGCUAACAACAGGAGGAUGACGAGGGCAGCUGGGCCCAGACGCUGGCAUAUGGAGACAUGAACCAUGAGUGGAUUGGUAACGAGUGGCUGCCCAGCCUGGGUCUGCCCCAGUACCGGUCCUACUUCAUGGAGUCCCUGGUAGACGCACGCAUGCUGGAUCACCUCACCAAGAAGGACAUGAGGGGACAGCUUAAAAUGGUGGACAGUUUCCACAGGAACAGUUUCCAGUGUGGGGUUAUGUGUCUGAGGAGACUGAACUACGACAGGAAGGAGCUGGAGAGGAGGCGUGACGAGACCCAGCUUGAGCUGCAAGGUAACAGCUGGGAUAACGACGUGCUGGUGUGGAGCAACGAGCGUGUGAUCAGCUGGGUACAGGCCAUGGGGCUGAAGGAGUACAGUAACAACCUGCUGGAGAGCGGCGUGCACGGAGCCCUGCUGGCCCUGGAUGAAACCUUCGACCACAACGCCCUGGCCCUGCUGCUGCAGAUCCCCACGCAGAACACACAGGCGAGAGCGGCUCUGGAGAGUGAGUACAACAGUCUACUGUCCAUCGGUACAGAGAGGAAACUGGAUGAGGAGGACGAUAACAAUUUCCGGCGCGCCCCCUCCUGGAGGAAGAAGUUCCGGCCCAAAGACGCACGGGAUGUCCCGGGCUCGCCCGACCUCCCUGCCCGCCAACUUCAGACUGACCAAUAG